UAUUUAGAUAUCAUUAGUAAAGCUCCAGCUGUUUCUGUUAAGGUCUGGGACCAAGUGAAGGCGUCCAAUCCUGAUUUGAAGUUAUGGGAAAUUGGCAAGAUUAUUGGAGGAAUGUGGCGAGAUCUCACUGAUGAAGAGAAGCAAGAGUAUUUGAAUGAAUAUGAAGCUGAAAAGAUCGAGUACAACGAGUCCAUGAAGGCCUACCACAACUCCCCUGCCUACCUGGCCUACAUCAACGCCAAGAGCCGCGCCGAGGCCGCGCUGGAGGAGGAGAGCCGGCAGAGGCAGUCGCGCAUGGAGAAGGGGGAGCCCUACAUGAGCAUCCAGCCCGCCGAGGACCCCGACGGUAAGCGGGGCAGGCUCAGUGCAGGACCAGCAGCAGAGAGACACAAAACCACCCCCACACCCCUUCCACAGCACCUCACGUGGCUGCCUUUCUGUUCUGGUGCCUUUGAUACCGGUUAUCACAUUCUACUCCGUAACAAAGCUGACUUUGUUCCCAAAAAUAAGGUGGCACCCGUGGCAGAAGUUAUUCCAGCCCUUCUUAAUUAAGUGUGAAGUAAUGCUUACAGUUCAAACCACAU